AUGUCUGCUACCGCAAAACCAAACUUUGAUGCCCCUGCUACCAAGGUGCUAAGCCCUUCAGCCCUAGCUCAUGUGGUCCUGCGAACAUCCAAUCUUAAGAACAUGGUUGAUUUCUAUACCAGCUUCCUAGGUGGCACAGUCACAUAUGGUAACAACGCAGUUACAUUCAUCACCUACGAUGAAGAACAUCACAGAAUUGCACUUCUUGGGAUUCCCGGCACGGAGCCGAAUAAUCCCAGAACCUGUGGCUUAGAGCAUAUCGCCUUAUCCUUUAAGUCCUUGAAUGACUUGCUCCUGGCCUACCGGCACCGAAAGGAGCAGGGCAUCAAGCCGGUCUGGUGCGUCAACCAUGGCCCGACAACCAGCAUCUACUACGAGGACCUCGACGGCAAUAUGAUUGAGACGCAAGUCGAUAAUUUUGACAGCGUGGAAGAGGCCACGAACUUCAUGAUGAGCGAUAAUUUCGCGGAGAAUCCGAUAGGCACAGAUUUUGACGCCGAGGAGAUGAUCUUGGCGUUACAAGCGGGGACUAAAGAGAGUACUCUUAAGACGCGCAUCGAGAUCGGGCCAAGGCCAAUGCUAGAUCUAGCGAGCAUGUGA